AUGAAACUGUUACCAACCUUUUCCGAAGACCGUAGCGCACAGACAGAAACAUUUAAGAACAUCGCCCUUGAAACUAUUGGAGAAACAUACAUUGAAGAAGAUCCGUCGGUGGCGGAAUGGUUCCGCGAGUUCGUUCCAACCCGACGUGGGGUUGUCGAGUAUUUUCUUCAAGUGUUUCCGAGUGCGCGCUGGAUCAGAAGGUACAACCUACAUUGGCUAGCCGGUGAUGCCAUUGCUGGAAUCACUGUCGGUCUUGUCGUUGUUCCCCAGGGAGUAGCAUAUGCGUCGCUUGCUCGCUUAUCGCCUGCAUAUGGUCUCUACACUACCUUUGCAGGCGCAGGUCUGUAUUGGAUAUUCGGUACUUCAAGAGACAUUUCCAUAGGUACUACCGCUGUUGGCUCACUCCUGGUUGGCAAUGCUGUUAACAAGGUCGAGAACUCACAUCCGGGAAAGUACACUCCUGAGCAAGUCGCUCAUGCCAUAAGCUUCUUAUCCGGUGUCAUCUUGCUCGCCUGUGGUUUUCUCCGCCUUGGCUUCAUCAUCGAAUUCGUACCUUACAUACCUAUCUCGGCCUUCAUCACAUCAGCAAGCAUCACCAUCAUCUUAACCCAGCUGCCAACAUUGAUGGGUGUGACCGGCAUAAAUACGCGCGAUGCCCCAUACAAGGUGUUGGGCAACUUCUUAAAGGGUCUGCCUCGCACAAAACUCGAUGCAGCUAUCGGCAUUACAUCUAUCAUCCUCUUGUUUCUCAUCAAGAACACCUGCGCUAAGAUGGAGGUACGACAGCCACGGAGAAAAAAGAUGUGGUCCACUAUAUCCUCUUUGCGUCUUGCCUUCACCGUACUGCUCUACACUCUUGUUAGUUGGCUGGUUAACCGGAAAACGCAUGCAGGCAAAACGAAGUUUCGUACUGUCGGCCACAUCGAGAAAGGCUUCAGUCACGCUGGCGUACCGCCGAUGGAUGGCGAACUUUUCGGGAAUGUUGCCUCCGAGCUGCCUGCUAUGAUCAUCAUUCUCAUCGUUGAACACAUUGCAAUUGCGAAGAACUUUGGUCGUCAGAACAACUACACAGUCAUACCAUCUCAAGAAAUGAUUGCAGAAGGCGCUGCCAACCUGUUCAGUCCAUUUGUCGGUGGCUAUGUUUGUACUGGAUCCUUUGGUGCUUCUGCUGUGUUGGCUAAAGCAGCAGUGCGGACCCCGCUCUCUGGACUCUUCAGCGCGUUAGUGUUGUUAUUAGCACUAUACGCGCUCACUGCAGUCUUCGACUACAUCCCUAAUGCAGCACUCGCUGGCCUCAUUAUCCACUCUACUGUUGGUUUGAUCAAAGGCCCAAAGGAUUUGCACAAGUAUUAUCAACUCUCCCCAUUCGAGCUAUUCAUCUGGGUAUGUGGUGUCGUCAUUGCUUUCUUCACCGAUCUCCAGACAGCCAUCUAUGUAACCGUCGGUCUUUCUUUCGCCAUGCUUCUAGUUCGCAUGGCCAGAAGCCCAGGCAAGUUCCGUGGCCCAGUUAGUGUAACACGCAUUGUGCGCAAAGAUCUACCUUCCAACCAAGAAUCUUCUGGGAAAGCACUUGACGUCUACAUUCCCUACGACGUCAAAGACAACCACAACCCGAAUAUCACGAUCGAACCCACAUACCCGGGUGUGUUCAUCUACCGCUUUAGCGAGAACUUCAAUUACAUCAACCAGGCCUACCACGUCGACUAUCUGACCUCUUAUAUCAAAUCACACACCCGCCGAACGCAAACAGAUGACGGCAUGCAUGAUCAUGAACGCCUUUGGUGCGACGCCCCGCCUACCGAAAGGCACAUUCAAGAGUCUGCCUCACUGCCAGUUCUACGGGCAGUGGUACUCGACUUUUCUACUGUCAACGUUCUCGACAUCACCAGUAUCGACGGCUUGAAAGCCCUGCGCGAAACUCUAGACCGCUAUGCAGCACCUGGUUUGGUGGAGUGGCAUUUCGCCGGUGUACACAGUCGAUGGACCCGCAAAGCGCUUUCGUUCGCGGGUUUCGGAUUCCCUGCAACCACAAACGUCGACAGCAUGAGUAAUUGGUGUCCUGCCUAUACCGUCACUACAAGUCUGGCUGGUGCGACAGAUGAAGAGCGCAAAGAGAUGGAGAUUAUGAAGAGGAGCGCCAGUGUACAAGAUGAAGAGUCGUGUAAAGAAGCCGUGGAGUCGAGUGAGAAGCAGAUUCAUAUGAGCAAUCCAGACACGAAGAUGCGCUUCGAGCCCAUGUAUGGUGUCGAUAGACCCUUUUUCCAUCUUGAUCUUCACGAUGCUGUUGACGCAGCAACGAGAGAUGCGAAGAGGGCUGAUAUGCGGGAGACACAGACCGUUUGCUCGCUUAGUACUCGCUCAGAGACUCCUGAGCAAGGUGUGGUAUGAAAAAGUUGUUUUUCUAUUUUGCAUUCUUUCGCUCUUCUCCUUCAAUUCGUUGGAUCAAAAAUUAGUGGCGGCGUCUGGUAGCUGUAGGCGAUUUUGGCUUUUUGAAAUGUUAGAUUCCUCGAGGGUCAGGAAUCGCGGAAUACGGACCUUGUGCUGGUGUG